AUGCCUGGGUCUUUUCCGCCAUCCCCCGUCUCCUCUCCUACUCAGCUAUCACGCCAUGUCUCCCCCUCUUAUCAAACUUCGAGGUCGAAUACAGCUUGUAGGCCAAUCCGGAAUGAUAGCAUGGCCUUGUCCUCUGGCUCCCCGGCGUUCUUAAAUAAAGUCGUUGGUGAGCGCAUUACCAACCCUCGCCUUGACAUCAGAUACACAAAAAACCAAGUCCCCAAUAAUAUCUGUCGGUCUACGGCAUUGACAAUGGUAGUCGAGCAACUUGAGGCUAGCAUUAUGCCAUGGUUUGCCCCCCACCAAAAGUCUGAUAAGACAUGGAUAACUCCCGCGGCCAUAGUUGAUCCCCCACCAUCUGAACCCACAACAAUUGCUGAGCCAGAUUUUGAGAGAACUACUGAACAAUCGACCUCACAGCCUGAGACCGGGUCUGCUGCCUCCGAAACCUCUUGCAAACCUCAUGAAACAUGGCCAAAAUUUAAAUUCAUUCAUUGGAUAAAAUCUAUCGCUGGACGACCAGUCUCAUCAGUCAGGUUGUUCAACCCCCUCGGUCCAAUUCAGCCAUCAAUCGUGACAAACAAAUUAAAAGAUUCCAACCACUCUACAGAACUCCCAGUCACGCAGGCCUUCAUUGUUCAGCCCCUUACCACCAAGUGGGAAUCAAAAGUCUACACUGCACUCUCCCAGCCAGACAGCCGUCAGCUUGCUACCACCAUUAGUGGAGAUGGCCUCACGCGCCGUGACCUUGCAACCUGCGCAACCCCAUUGGCAUGGCUCAACGAUGAAAUAAUUAAUGCGUACCUUGGGGCAAUUGUCGACUAUGCCCGGCGGUCAAAUGGCAAUUCGGGACGCCACGAGCAACCCAGAUACCAUGCCUUCAACACGUUUUUCUACUCUAGCCUUCGAGACAAAGGCUACGAGUCCGUACGGCGAUGGGCCUCUCGUGCCAAGAUUGGGGGUCCAGCAUUGAUGAAUGUGGACAUGGUUUUCGCGCCCAUUCAUCACCAUUCACAUUGGACCCUCAUGGUGGUCAAGCCAUCAGUUCGAACAAUCGAACACUUCGACUCCCUUGGAAGUAGCUCCUCCUUUCACAUUGCCAAUCUGAAAAAGUGGCUCAGAGGUGAGUUGGGCCAUCUCUUCGUCGACGAAGAGUGGCAGGUUCUCCCGUCAAACUCUCCGCAGCAAAACAACGGCAGCGACUGUGGGGUAUUUCUUUUGACCACGGCCAAGUUGGUAUCCUUAGGGCAACCCUUGUCCUAUGGACCAAAGAAUAUUCCCACAAUCCGCAAGAGGAUCGUUGCCGAGCUACUCAACGGAGGGUUUGAUGGAGAUUUCGACCCGAAAGCUGAGCUCCCUGUUAACUCGUUGCUGUAA